AUGGCUACCUUGUUAUCUUAUAUCACAAACCUUCUCACCCCUACACCCCCACAACCAACUUACAAAAUCGCGAUUCUCGGCUAUGAAGGCGCAGGCAAACAAUCUCUCCUCCGCGGCCUCACAGACAAGGGAGCCCCAAUAAUAACGCACCGCAACACAUCCUGCCGAUAUCCCGACAGCGUCAAAGUUCACAUCGGCCACAACGCAGCCCUAAAUAUCACAAUAAUCGCCAGCGACAUCGGGUACAGCGAGCCACCUAAUUGGAAAGUCUUCCGCCGAAACUUUUAUAAAGAUGCCGAUGCAGCGAUCUGGGUAGUCAAUUCUCGGUCCAGAAGCGAUUUCUUCGAGUCGCCUGAUUGGAUUGCGGAGGAGAUGACGACUAAGGAAAGGAGGAGGGUGGAGGAGCUUAUUUCGAAACGGAGACGAGAAGGGAAGGACGUUGCGGAGGAGCAGGAGCGAGUUGCGAGGAUGUCGGCUUUGAAGUUUGACGAGAUACCCUGGCUUGUUUUAGUUAAUCAACAGGAUGCGGGAGAUAGUUGCUCGUCAGAGGAGAUAUUGAAGGCUAUGGAGCUUGAGAGUGUUGGCAUGAAAGAGUUUAGAGUCUUUGAAGGAUCGGUUUUGAAGUGGGAGGGAAUUGAUGAGGGUGUUGAAUGGUUAGUUGGACGAUUACGAGAUCCUUUGAGGACUUAG